CGCCGAUAUUCGUCCCCAAUUCCUCCCACCAUCACCAGCCAUCUCUUGUUCUUCCCCUUGUGCAUUCUACUGGAGUCUAGGAGCACGGCCUGAGCCUUGGAACUUCCCUGUCUACAUCUCUCUUCCAUCACAAUGCAGCGAAUUUUGACUUCAAGAGCGCGGUCCUCCGUCCUCAACUCGAGCUCUAAGCUCCGGGCUGCAUCCAGCUUCAAUCUCCAACAGCAGAGGUUCGCUCACAAGGAACUUAAGUUUGGUGUGGAGGGACGAGCAGCGCUGCUCCAAGGCGUCGACACACUUGCGAAGGCCGUAGCAACAACACUGGGCCCCAAGGGCCGCAAUGUCCUGAUCGAGUCAAGCUAUGGCUCCCCUAAGAUUACUAAAGACGGUGUAACGGUCGCAAAAGCCAUCACAUUGAAGGACAAAUUCGAGAACCUUGGAGCACGUCUCCUGCAGGAUGUUGCAUCAAAGACAAAUGAGACUGCUGGUGACGGAACCACGACUGCUACCGUCCUCGCCCGCGCCAUCUUCUCCGAGACGGUCAAGAACGUUGCUGCUGGGUGCAACCCCAUGGACCUGAGGCGGGGAACGCAGGCUGCCGUCGACGCUGUUGUCGAAUACCUCCAGGCAAACAAGAGGGACAUCACCACCAGCGAGGAGAUUUCUCAGGUUGCCACCAUCUCUGCUAACGGCGACACACAUAUUGGCAAACUCCUGUCUAACGCUAUGGAGAAGGUCGGCAAGGAGGGUGUCAUCACUGUCAAGGAGGGCAAGACCAUCGAGGAUGAGCUCGAGAUUACCGAGGGCAUGAAAUUCGACCGCGGAUACAUCUCCCCCUACUUCAUUACCGACACCAAGUCCCAGAAGGUGGAGUUUGAGAAGCCUCUGAUUCUUCUUUCUGAGAAGAAGAUCUCUGCCGUCCAGGACAUUGUCCCUGCCCUCGAAGCCUCGCAGCAACUCCGCCGACCUCUUGUCAUCAUCGCUGAGGAUAUCGACGGAGAAGCUCUCGCCGUCUGCAUCCUAAACAAGCUUCGAGGCCAGCUCCAGGUUGCCGCCGUCAAAGCCCCCGGCUUCGGCGACAACAGGAAGUCCAUCCUGGGCGAUCUUGCCGUCCUCACCAACGGCACGGUCUUCACUGACGAGCUAGACAUUAAGUUGGAAAAGGCUACUGCUGACAUGCUCGGCUCAACCGGAUCCAUCACUAUUACGAAGGAAGACACCGUCGUCCUCAACGGAGAGGGCAGCAAGGAUGCCGUUGCCCAGCGAUGCGAGCAGAUUCGCGGCGUCAUGAGCGACCCAACCACCUCCGAGUACGAGAAGGAGAAGCUUCAGGAGCGUCUUGCCAAACUCUCCGGCGGCGUUGCUGUUAUCAAGGUCGGUGGUGCCUCCGAGGUCGAGGUUGGUGAGAAGAAGGACAGAAUAGUGGACGCUCUUAACGCCACCCGCGCCGCCGUAGAGGAGGGUAUCCUGCCUGGUGGUGGCACUGGUCUCCUCAAGGCUGCCGCCAACGCUUUGGACAAGGUCAAGCCCGCCAACUUCGACCAGCAACUCGGUGUUAGUAUCGUCAAGAACGCCAUCACCCGCCCAGCAAGAACCAUUGUCGAGAAUGCCGGCGCCGAAGGAUCCGUCAUUGUCGGAAAACUGAUGGAUGAGUUCGGCCAGGAUUUCAACAAGGGAUUCGACAGCGCCAAGGGCGAAUACGUUGACAUGAUCGCAGCCGGUAUCCUGGAUCCAUUCAAGGUUGUCCGCACUGCCCUUGUCGAUGCCAGCGGUGUUGCAUCGCUCCUCGGCACGACUGAGGUUGCGAUCGUGGAAGCCCCAGAAGACAAGGCCGGCCCGCCACCAGGCAUGGGUGGUAUGGGCGGGAUGGGGGGAAUGGGAGGCAUGGGUUUCUAAAAAGUAACAGCGUCACGACCCCACUAAUGUCCUAAUACCCUCCUCUCAUAGUCGAGUCUUUCUCAGCGCUGGUUUUGUAAAUGAUAUUGGUUGUUGGCACUCCACUCCUCUUCUCUCCUGUCUUCCUAACUCUCCUGCAUCGUGCAAAGCGCGGCACCGUCUUGGGUGGUUUGAACUGUACAAUAUCACGUGUUUUUGGCAUCUGAGAAAGACAAGAUAUAAAAGCAAGAAAUUCAAAAAGUCAAAUUCAA